GUCAUCGAGCGGCCCAUCGGGGUCAACGACAGCAAUGACGGGACCCUCGUACCCUCAGCUUCCAUGGUGGAUCGUGCCUCCGGAGCUCCCUCCACUGCUCCAUAACCCAUGCCCCGUCGUGCCCCGUCGUCACCACUACAACCCCGAGCUGGCUCACUGGCACCAAAGGAGAGUCGUCGGUUAUAUUCAUGCCCCAUGCGCAUAUGUAGCGAUGUCCAGUUGUAUUUGUUCGAACCCUGCAAGCCCAUCAAUUCGAAGUACGUUUUGUGUCAGAUGUGUCGACGGGCAGAGAUGACGGUGCCAUUCGCCGACUGGUCUUCCUGUCAUUGGCCGCUCUUCGCCAAAGAGAAGCCAGCAAACAACGUCAGUAUUUGCUGGUAGUGGUGGUCGAGAGAAAG